UGGCACGCGCAGCCCAGCUGGGGCUGCCUUCCCUUCGCUGCCCGGGCGGCGAGAAGGCGGCGGCACCUGCGCGCAUUCGCCUGGCGGGAGCCGGAGCGGACAGUUGGCGCGCUCGCCAAGGGAAGAGUCGCUCGCUCAGCGCCUGCUCGUCUGGCUCUGAGCGCGGAUUUGGCCCUGCGACGCCAUGGGGUGCUCGAGCAGCGCUCAGACCCAAGUCAAGGACGGCAGCCGGCCGAGCCCCAUGGCCCCCGGCACCAACGGGCUGCAGAAAUGCGAUGACAAUUCACCCCUCACUGAUGAAAAUGAAACCAUACCUGACCAGACCAAACUUGGAGGAAUGGAUGAAGUAGAUCUUGCAUCUGAUGGAACAAAAUUAAGUGAGAAUCUUCCCCAAGAGAAGGCAGAUGUUUUGCUUCCAGAAAUAACAAAAUGUGCUCUUUCUGCCUGUCAAAGAGUAGACCCAGAAGGUACAGAACCUCCGCCAGUGGCACCGGAAGAGAAGUUCAGCAGGGGUGAGCCUUUGCCUACAGGCCUUGUAGAAGCCAGUGAGCCUCAACCUGUGGAACUAACAGAGGGUGAUGAGCCUGUUUCCAUCACAGAAGCUGCCAAUGCUCAGCCUCCAGAAAUUACACAGGACGCUAAACCUGAACUUGUCAGACCAACAGAGGGGAGCACACCUGAACCUUUGGUGACAGCAGAGGAAGACUUUAAUCUUGUAACAGAAAUGGUGAAGGAAUUGCAGAUAGAGGAAGAGGAACAGCUAAUUGAGGGUGAGAUGGGAGAAAAGGUGGAAACUGAGAUGCACUCUGAGAUAGUAAGUGAGGGCUCUGAAACAAAAGAAGAAGAAACAGGAGAAGCUACAGCAGCAACAGAGAUAGAAGCUACUAAUAAUGAAGAGUGAAUCAUGGUUUCUGCAUGGACUUCAUCUUUGUUUAGGUACUCAAAUUACUAUUACUCCAAUUUGAGAAAAAUCUGGAUUUUAUAAGUUUUUACGGACUUGCCAUGAGAACUUGAGCAGUAGGGGAGAAAGGAUUUUAUUUUGGGAAGUCAAGUUGCCAAGACAUCACUGAGGAAUUGCAAUGUUGAACCUUAACAAAUUUGCCGUAUAGUGCCUUCUGUAAAUUUCAUUUGAGUAGAACUGUAUGUUGCGAUGCAAUAGCUUAACUAAAAUAGGUGAAUUACAUAAGUUGCAUGCAUUUUAAAAUCAUAUUAAUUCCCCCAGCGUUCUAAACUGGGAUAAAAGUACUUGGGUUCUGAUGCAAUCUUACAGUCACAAUCUGUUUAUGUACUAGGACAAUUCUUGUGUGAAGCUUCAAUUAUUCAUAUAUGUUUACAGUAGCUAGGGCUUAAUAUUGCUACUCUAAUUUGGGCAGAUGCAUCUAUUUUAAAAAUGGGAAGAAAUAGCCAUCCUCAACAAUUAAGAUCAACACUUCUGUACAUUAAAAAGGAACAAGAGAAAUAAUUUAUUUAGCACAGCAAUUAAAUAUACUUGAUCACUAUUAUAAUGCAGUGAUAAUGCUUUUUUAAAAAGUAAUAUAUUUUAAUGAAAUAAUAGCACACAGAUAAUUUAAGAGUCUAAUUGCAUUAAAGUUGAAUACUGCAUUUCACAGCCUACAGGAUUUAGUUUCUUCAGAGGUAAAAAUUGCAACCAAUAAAGUUAAGCUGUGUUCAGUUAGUGUGUGCCUUUCUGGGACCUUUUCUCGACUAGGUUUUCCCUCCAAAUACACUUGCAGAUUCUAUUUGCUAUUUGAAAGCUAUGUGAAAGUAUGAUAAGAACAUCCUUUGAUUUCCUUAUUUUUAGUCUUAAAAUGGUAACUGUAAAUGGUAGCAGUCAGUUUUACAUCUUUUUUUAAAAACAGGGCUGUUCACCAUGUGACUAUAAUAGUUUCAUGGCUUGAAGAAGUCUGUAAACUUGAGGAAAGUUAAUCAUUUCCAUAUUGGGACUGGAGCAGGAACCUUUGAAUCCAGGGCAGUGAUGUACUAUAUAGGACACACGCUAGAUAUGCAUUGAUCAACAAUCAUAUGUUUAAUAUGGCUUGUUUUUGUGCCUUUUGAAGUAGUCUGCAGCAAACUGUCUUCAUUUUGCAAGUUGACACCCUGAUCUUAAAUGCUGAAAUAAAGUGCUGCAAUGGA